AUGUCCCAGAAUGCCUUUGACCAGAAGAAGGCUAGUAUCCUUAACGAGAUUAAUUCGCCUCAGCCUGAUCUGUCCCCAAAGGGUUCAAUUGAUGAAUUAUGCAUACCUAUUAUGGAACUAAUCAACUCGCACAAAGAUAUGGUCACUACGUCUUCUUGUAGUGGAAGAGUCAGUGUAUUUGCUGAAGGAACAAAAAAUUACAAUGAAGAAACAAAGGUUGGCGGUAAAGGUCAAGGUGGACGUUGGUUGUUUGUGUCACACGACUCAACAAAUGUUAUUGGAUGGCUAGAUAGACUAAUACAUGAUUCAGAAGUUGACGAUAUUAUUGUGAAUACGAAUGAUUCUGAAGAUAAUUCUAAAUUUGAUGGUGCUACCAGAUAUAUUUUAUAUAAAUAUGAACCUUUUAUUCUGCAUGUUAAAUGUCGCAAUUUUGAAAUUGCAUCGAAGUUAUAUAAUACUUCAAUGGGCUGUGGUUUUCGUGAAAGUGGUAUUGGAUCAAAUAAUAUAGUGGCUAUUAGAAUUAAUAUUAAAUUAGACACUCCUAUUGGGUUUAUUAAUGAAGGUUCUAACCGACUGGCAUUUUUUGUAACAGAACGGUAUAUUAGACUACUAGAUAAUAUAACUCUGACUAAGUUUAGUGAUAAUGCCAAGAAGAUCAAACAACUUUAUAAUAAAAUUGAGAGUGAUAUAAUACAAAAACGUGACCCAGGUAAUGCAGUCGAAAAGAAACUGACAGAGACUAAGGAGGAGAGAAGACAAAGAAAGAUGAAAGAAGGUCUUGAAAGACAACGUUUAUUAAAUGAAACCAAAAGUAAUGAGUUAUAA